UUAAAUCGGCCAAACAUCAGAACCGUCAGUUCGAACCUUGCUUUUGACCGAAUCAUCACCACUCAGUCAUUCCCAAUAGCCACUUUAAUCUCCACUAACAUGUGAUCUGCCGGUUUUUUAAGGACAUGUGAGUGGAAUUGUGGCUGUGUUAUUUGAAAAAUACUGCAUGCAUUAAUGGCAAUUUACACCUGCACUAUUUCAUAGUGACAUAACAAAGCUGUGCACUUUACUCCAUAGAUUGGUCUUGGUUACACCGGCAUUGAAAGUGUAUCAAAAGCUGGCGGGUCUUCAUCCCAUCCUGCCGAACAUCCUGCUCAGGGGCGUCACAAACUCAAUCAUCGUAGCUCUUUCUCUGUGCACAGCAGCUGCGUCAGACCCAACUGACGUUGUUCCUCCCAGAGCACAAGCAGCCAAAGCCAAUGCUUACCGCAGCACAGCAGUCCUAGAACCAAGUAUUCAGGAGAGUGGGUGUGCUGCCUUCCAGUACCGGGCCAACAAGUAUUUAUUGGGAGGUCACAGACCCACAAAGCAAGUGAUGCCUGGGUCUACACCAGCGAGCAGUAAAGCUCGAGUUUACACUGAUGUCAACACACAGAAGAACAGAGAAUACUGGGACUAUGAUGCACAUGUGCCAAACUGGAGUAACCAAGACAAUUAUCAGCUGGUACGUAAGCUGGGCAGGGGGAAGUACAGUGAAGUGUUCGAGGCCAUUAAUGUGACCAACAAUGAGAAGGUGGUGGUCAAAAUCCUCAAGCCAGUGAAGAAGAAGAAGAUCAAACGAGAAAUAAAAAUUCUUGAAAACCUGCGUGGAGGAACCAACAUCAUCCGCCUGGUCGACACAGUCAAAGACCCAGUGUCCAGAACUCCAGCGCUUGUCUUUGAGUGCAUCAAUAACACAGAUUUUAAGGAGCUGUACCAGAAGCUGACAGACUAUGAUAUCCGUUACUACAUGUAUGAGCUGCUGAAGGCUCUGGACUACUGUCAUAGUAUGGGCAUCAUGCACAGAGAUGUGAAGCCUCAUAAUGUGAUGAUCGACCACCAGCUGAGAAAGCUUCGUCUAAUAGAUUGGGGUUUGGCAGAGUUUUACCACCCCGCUCAGGAAUAUAACGUCAGGGUGGCCUCCCGCUAUUUCAAAGGCCCAGAGCUGCUAGUGGACUAUCAGAUGUAUGACUAUAGUUUGGACAUGUGGAGCCUCGGCUGCAUGUUGGCGAGCAUGAUCUUUCUGAAGGAACCCUUUUUCCAUGGCCAAGACAACUAUGACCAGUUGGUUCGAAUCGCAAAGGUUCUUGGCACAGACGAGCUCUUUGGCUACCUGCACAAAUAUCACAUAGAACUGGACACUCGCUUUAAAGACCUGUUGGGACAGCAAACCAGGAAGCGCUGGGAACAGUUCAUCCAGUCUGAGAACCAGCACCUGGUGAGUCCAGAGGCUCUGGACCUGUUGGACAAGCUGCUGCGCUACGAUCACCAACAGAGACUGACAGCAGCCGAGGCUAUGCAGCACCCGUACUUCUAUCCAGUGGUGAAGGAGCACGCAAACGCCAACUCAGACGGCACAAAGGCAAUAAACAGCUCCAACGCAACAUGAUGACCGAGAGCAGGAAAUCUAUUUGUUACCUCAACUUGUGACCUUUUCGUGGCAGAAAUCUCUCCACAUCAACAGCCAUACUGGAGCAAGAUGUCAGUUUCGCAGCAAACACAAACAUGCACAGAUUUAACUUCUCCUGUCAGAGCCCAGGGAAUCUGCGCUGUAAAGUCAUAUCUGAAACCAGACCUGCCCCCCUUCCCUUUUCUCCUUUCUCACCCUCUUCUUCUUUCCUUCACGACUCUAAAGUUGUUUUUAAACGAGCAAGGAGGCCGUUGGUGGAUCACUAUCAAGCCGAUGUUGUGCUAUGAUGACGUUUGUCCGUGAAAUGAUGCUGUGUUGACCGGAGACCCCCGUUCCAGAUAUUAGCACUGAGUGGCGUAGAGGCUCUUUUCUGCUAUGAAUAGAACAAAAGCUAUAUUGAAAGAGAAUAAACCGUUUUUAUUUAAAGGA